GACAACAAUGAUAACAGGCUAAAUAAAUUAAAUUCAAGAACGAUGGAUUGAAUUCACGCAUGGUGAAUUCGCAGCGUCACCUCACCUGGAUCGUCUCCUUAUGCCAAGAACCAUAGCAUCGCACAGCAUAGCAUAGCAAACCAAGUUGAAAAGGCAUUUGUUAGUUGCGUGGAGGAAGGAAGAAGUUUGUGGGGAACGAAAGAGGAUGGAGAACAGGGUAACAUUACAAGAAUGGUUUGACCGCGUUGACUCGGAGAAAAGUGGAAGCAUUACGGCGGUGCAGCUGAAGGCAGCUCUGGCUGUGGGCAACCUGCAAUUCCCCCUCUCAGUGGUUCACCAGAUGAUCAGGAUGUACGAUUUCGACAGGAAUGGUACCAUGAGCUUUCAAGAAUUUGUUGCACUCAACAACUUCCUUCUUAAGGUUGCUACUUACUUACUUUUACUUGUGCUAAAUCACUCUACAUUCUACACCUCAUCAUAUCAAUUCACAUCACAUCACAUGUUUGUAAGACUACCUCAAUUAUCAUCUUUUGUCCUCCUAACUCAUGUCGUCCCUUAUCUGCAGGUUCAACAUGCAUUUUCGGACCUAGAGAGGGGUCGUGGUUUUCUUGUGCCUGAUGAUGUAUUUGAGGCUUUGGUAAAAAUUGGUUUCAAGCUGGAUUCUCCUGCUUUUUACACUGUCUGUGAGAGCUUUGAUCAAAGUAAAAAUGGAAGGUUUCGGCUGGACGACUUCAUAUCAAUCUGUAUAUUCUUACAAUCAGCACGGAAUCUGUUUAAUUCUUUUGAUACAGCAAAACAAGGCAGAGUUACUCUCGAUCUGAAUCAAUUUGUGUAUUGUACUGCCAAUUGCAGAAUAUGAUUGAACAUAUGAUGGCUUGGGAUGAUGAUUCACGAGUACUUCACUUUGUCAACUACCAUUAAGUCAUCUUAGAGGGAGGUAAUUUGUGAUCACGAAUAAGAUGAAAACAUUUUGGGUUUGGAACGCUACUUGUCAUCUGUUUGCAAAAUACAGUUUUUUUUAUAAUGUAAUUUUAUUUUAAAACGAAGUCGUUAUGAAACAUACUCAGUUACCACCCACAAAAGUAUGUCUUGAUGAUAAGAUAAAAUUUGAUGUA